GCAAGCAAAGUUUAGGCAAAAGUGUAAGAAAAUGGAGGAAACAGAAGAGAAGAGUAUAAGAGAAGCAUCAAAAGAGAUUUCACAACAAUCCAAAACCCUAAUCAAUCAUCACCAUUUGGAUUCUCUCAACCAAUUGCAGCAUCUCAUAUUGGGAAGGUUGCAAGAUAGCAAUGCGGUACUGAGUCAUUUUAAUGACUAUUCAGAGCAAUCUUAUGCAGAAGUUGCCACUGAUUUCGCAAGAAAUACUCGCAUUUUGAAGUCCAUGAAGUCUGAUCUUGAUUACGUUUUUCAAAAGCUUAGGAGCAUGAAGUCUAAAAUCCAGGCUACAUACCCAGAUGCAUUUGCAGAUGAAUCCUCACAAGAAGUACUCGACAGAAGGCCUGAUCUCGAAAUUCCUAAAUAGCAUUAACCGUUCACAUGCAUUCCACUCAUAGAAGCAAGAAACAGUUUGAUUCCCUGAGUAUUAUUUCUAACGCUGAUGUGAAUAUUUAUCAUGUUUGGAAAGCGAGGAACUUGGAUGUUCAACGAUAUUGGAACUAAGCGGCGGAUUCUAUUCUUUUGUAGAGUUUGUAAAUGUUAUUAAAAUGUCAAAUUCUUGAUAGCCUGUUUUACAGGUUCUUAAAUAUGGUCAAACAUGGAUUAUAAACAUUUGGAUUGUGAAUUUGAGUUUGAUUGGUCUAUUGUAAAUGUUAUUAAAUGUCAAAUUCUUGUUACUGCAAUUAGAUUUAAA